CAAUGGUUGAUUGACAUCUAUAGCCUUAGCAAACCACAUGUUGAGGAGCAGAAGCUUACACAUGGCCUGCUAUAUGGAACACAUGUAUUGGGCCUAGUGGGAUAUAUAUUUGUCUUUUCCCAAUUUUUUUUUUCAUUUGUGAAGUUUUUUUCUCUCUCUUCUCUCUUUUCUCUCUCGUACUCUCUCUCUCACUAUCUCUCUCUCGUGCUCUCACCCUCUCUCGUUUCAUCAUCAUCAAGCCAAACACCACCGAACUUUCAUCUUAAAUCAACAUGCAAUUUCAUAAAUAGGUUCCUCUCAUCUCAAGCUCCAAGGUAAGGGUAAUUUUGUAUCAAACAUCCAUGGAUUUCCUUUGAAUUCUUGCUGUGUUCAUCACAUUUUAAGAACUCAAUUAUGAACUUGAUUGCAUGUGUGAGGUUCUGAUGGCGUUCAAGUUUUACAGAGAAGUUAUAGGUAAGAACCAUAAACUUUUUUUCCUUCUUCUAUUCAAGUUAAAAUCCAAAACACCAUUCUUCACUUCUUCUCAUUUGGUAAAUUGCAUGUGAGUUUAAUGGAAUUGAGAUUCUCUGGGAAUAUAUCAGAAGCAAUGAACAUGGGCACAAGAUGCAAGCUUUGGAAUUUUGAUCGGUGAUUUUUGAAGAAGUUUGGGUUAAACCCGUGUUCUAGGACAAGUCUCCACUAAAAAGAUAAAUUCUCACUCCUCGUAACUCUGAUUGAGAUGCCGUUUGUUUCUGUGGUUAGCUAACUCAAUUCCGGUCGUUGUGAUGCCAAUUUCAUAAUUUUUGAUUAGGAAAUGAGGUCUAGGGACGCGUUUGAAGUUGAGGUACUGAAGCUGUCAAAAUGGUGUUUUGAGGACUACAGUCUACAGGUUUGGGUACUCGAGCGGCACAAAAGGAUGGUUUUAGGCUUGCGAAAUAACGCCGUACUGUUGUUAAAUCUGUUAUAACCAUGUUCAUAGGACGCACUCUACGCCGUAGUCGACGCCGAUAUUGAGGUUGCGCUUCAGAAAGCAGAGAUUAGUAGAGGUUACUCGAAGAGAUUCACAAAGAUUGGCAGUAAAAAAGGACAUUUCCUUAGUUGUUGCAUUGGGCUCUGCUACUCAAAUUGCAAUGUUUGUGGUUCCACUCUGUGUAAUUGUUGUUUGGAUAAUGGGUGUGAAAAUGGACUUGAACUUCAACCUCCUUGAGACAGGUUCUCUUGCUUUGACAAUUAUUGUCACUGCCUUCACUUUACAGGUUAGAAGCUCAUCAAAAUGACAUUGAACUUGAAGAGUGGGGACAAGGCUAUGAUUUUUUGUUUUGUGGAGUUUACUGAACCCAAAUGCGCUCUCACCGCCAUGGAAGCUCUGCAAGGAUAUAAUGAGGCUGGCCUAGAAAAACCUUAUACAUUCAAGGCUGAUGAGAGGAAUGGAAGAUAGAAAUAAUUCUCAUAUGUUGAAUAGUGAUUGUGUGUACUUCUAACUUAAGUACCAAAUUGAAGGAAAAUAAUUACAAAUUCUCAGUGGUGACCACAAGUACUACUUCACAUUUUCUCAAAAACUUUCCAUAUUGUCAAGGUAUGGUUCAUCACCAAAUGAUUUUGAAGGAGUAUCUGCCCAUUUUGAUGUUCCUUUUGUUCAAGUAAACAAUGUUGAAUCAUGUACUCUUUUCUCUUUUACUUUGGAGUUUGAGUGGUAUUUCUUGAUUUCUAUCAAUUUUGUAGGCUCCCUCAUUUCCUACACUUUCCAUUAAUGUGAUGAAUCUUUUGAAUUCAAGUAGUACUAAUUUGAAAGUUGAAACUAAUAGAAUAACAUCCAUCUAUAACAUCACCAAUGAUGAUGUAGCUAUGUGUCAGUUUUUUUUUGCAAUUAUUGAUCAUGAAAAGAAGAGGACAUUUGUUUUGCGUAAAGAUGGCCUUCCUGAUGCUGGUUCAAUGGGAGUCUCGAAUUCUUUUUAUGGAUCCAAGUUAUUCUUAAAUGAUGAACUUCCCAAGGUAGCUGCCUACAUAGAAAGGAUGAAUGCUGCAAAUGUAGAGUUAACUCAAGUUGUUAGCCAAAUGUCUGGCUCUAUGGUACUAAGUGUGGCUGAUGAUUUGUUGCAAACACCUAGGAUGACUAUUGAAGAGCUAAUUGAAUCUACUCAGAAAUGCUAUGGUUCUGUGUUGGCAUGGGCCUGUGAGUUUCGAUACCGAUGCAGGAUCAAUGAGUCUCUCUCUGAUAUACUUCAUCCACCAACAAACAAGCCAGUCGGAAAGAGGUCUGCUGAUGUUGACGAAGGCGAUGUUACGACUUCAAAGGAAACCAAGCUUCCAUGUGUGAAGAUUGAGGGUGCUAAGUGACCAUGUUCAUGGUCAUAUUUCCUUUGUUUCUAAUAAGUGUGUUUCUUGGUGUUUUGCUAUUUCCCUGUCUUACUGUCUUUGUUUGUAUGUGCACUUUGUGCUUAGUUGAUGCUUUAUAAUAGCAUCCCUCUAUGUAUUAUGUAUCUCUCUGGACCUCUGUCUUUCUUAUUGAGAGAUGUAUCAAAUAUUAAUAAUAAAUGUUAAAUUUAAAUAUCAGUUGGUGUUUUGUUUU